GCAUGUGCCCUGACGGGAGACACCUCUGCUGUUGCUUCAAUUCCGCUAACAUCUCAGUCGUAAAGGGAGGGAUAGGACUGUCCCCCGACCAGGCGAGGGAGGCGCAGACCCCGAAUUCUUCCAGCGCGCCCAGCACCUCCCGCCCCCACACCUGGAGGCCUCCUUCAGCCCCGCACCCCAGGGUUUCCUUCUUCACAUACUUCCUGCACCGCCUUUGACUGGUGGCUUCGGUUUCUCAGGACAGACUGUGGGGGCCCUGGUGGGGUCCGCAGACACCCGCCUUGAGGGCGUCCCUGGAGUGUCGGGGUUCAGCCCCUCGCCCCCAGUUUGCCGGCUCCGUCCCCUGGGCUCCCCUCACUGCCGACAGGGAGACGGUCUGUCUGCCGUGGGCGCUCUGUGAUGCCCGCGAAGCAGUUCGCACAGCACCUGCCCGGCCAGUGCCGCUCACCUGUCGGAGGGGGACCCGCCGCACCUGCCCCGGGCCCUCAGGGCGGACCGACAGACGGACUGGCCGAAGCCUCCUGCUUCCCGCCUGCGGCGGGGGGCGGCGCCUCUCCUUCCCGAAGGGGCCGGUUCCCUGGAGCCUCCCGCGCUCGGAGGCCGCCGCCGGGGGCGCUGCGCCUCUGCCCACCACUUGCCCCAGGUUUGCCCGCUGCGGGCACUGCGUGGCCCCCAGUCCCGCCUGGAGCGCAGGAUGCGGUGCCUUGGCGCCCAGAGCCCGGUUUCUGCAGAGAGAACCCCCCGGCGAAGAGAGUGGCGGCCUCAGAUUUACAGGAAAUGCACCGACAAGGCCUGGCUGCUCCUGUUCUUCCUCUUCUGGGCGGGAUUGAUGUUCAUCACGGGCUCCGCGGUGGCGGCCGGAGCCACGGGGAGGCUCCUCUUCGGCCACGACAGCUUCGGCAACGUGUGCGGCAGGAAGAACUCCCCCGUGGAGGGGGCCCCUCUUUCCGGGCAGGACAUGACCCUAAAAAAACACGUGUUCUUCAUGGAUUCCUGCCACCUGGACGUCAGGGAUGGCCUGCUCAGCUCCACUGCCCUCUGCGUGGCCAGCUGCCCCGAGGAGCAGCUCCACACCCUGGAAGAAGUGCAGCUCUUCGCCAACAACACUGGGUCCUUCCUGUGUGUGUACAGCUUGAGUCCCGCCAACUACACCCGGAAUCCCGGUGCAGCCUCACUGUGCCCCAGGCUCCCAGUGCCUCCCAGCAAGUCUUUCCCCCUGUUUAGCCGCUGCGUCCCCCAGACGCCGGAGUGCUACUCCCUGUUCACGUCUGUCCUGAUCAACGACGCUGACGCCCUCCAUCGCGUGCUCGGCGGGAUCAUGUCGGGAAGAAACACGAUCCUGGGCCUGUGUGCCCUCGCACUCGCCUUGUCGUUGGCCGUGAUGCUCACCUUCCGCAUCGUCACCCGCCUUCUGGUCCACACUUUGGUCGCGUUGGUUAUUGUGGGGCUGCUGUUUGUCUGUGGCGUUCUGUGGUGGCUGUAUUACGACUACAGCACUGACCUCAGCGUGGCGCUGGACACGGAACGGGACAACGUGACCUGCUUGCUGGGCUUUGCUGUGGUGGCCAUGGUUCUCACGGCCGUUCUGCUGGUGCUGAUCUUUAUCCUGAGAAGGAGAACGAAGUUGGCAGUCGAGCUUCUGCAGGUCACCAACAAGGCCAUCAGCCGCUGCCCCUUCCUGCUGCUCCAGCCGCUGUGGACGUGCGCCGUCCUCCUCCUCUUCUGGGCGCUUUGGGUGGCCGUGCUGCUGAGCCUGGGCACCGCAGGAGCGGCCCAGGUCACCGCCGGGGGACGGGUGGAGUACCAGCCUCUCUCCGGCCUCCGCUACCUGUGGGGGUACCACCUCCUGGGCCUCCUCUGGACCAGCGACUUCAUCCUCGCCUGCCAGCAGAUGGCGGUGGCGGGGGCCGUGGCCGCCUGCUACUUCAACAGGAAUGAACAGGACCCUCCCCAUCGCCCCAUCCUGUCGUCUCUCUCCAUCCUUUUCUGCUACCACCAAGGGACAGUGGCGAAAGGGUCGCUUUUGAUCACCGUGGUGAGGGUGCCACGAGCCGCCCUCAUGUUCAUUUCCAGGGCCCUGAAGGACAAGCGGAGUGCCUGGUCCAGGUGCCUGCUCAGGUGCUGCUGCUGCUGCCUCUGCUGCCUGGACACACACCUGCGCCAUCUCCACCAGAACGCGUACGCGGCCACGGCCAUCAACGGGACCGAGUUCUGUACGUCCGCGAAGGACACGCUCAGGCUCUUGUCCGAGAACUCCAGUCGUUUCACGUCGGUCAGCUGCUUCGGGGACUUCGUUGUCUUCCUAGGCAAGGUGCUGGUGGCGUGUCUGACCGUGUUCGGAGGGCUGAUGGCCUUUAACUACCACCGCACGCUGCAGGUGUGGGCCGUGCCGCUGCUCCUGGCCGCCGCCCUCGCCUACCUGGUGGCGCACUGUUUCCUGUCCGUGUUCGAGACCGUGCUGGGCGCCCUGCUGCUGUGCUUGGCUGCUGACCUGCACACCAACGACGGCUCGCCCGGAAAGCCCUACUUCAUGGACCACGAGCUAUUGAGUUUUGUGAAGAGGAUGAACAGAUGGCACCGCGAGGGGCCGCAGGGCGCCGCGGGCUCCACGAGGAACCGAGAGGGAACGGAACUCCGGCCCGUGGUCCGCUCCACCUGCUAGGUACCGGGGAGCGGCCUCCUCCUCCCAGCCCUUCACCCAAUAAACACAGGCCAGCCGUCCUCCACGC